AAUCUCUGUUGUUUUGUGUUCUCUUGUGAGUUUUGUAUUUUCUUUAUAGUGCUACGAAAAGUGUGGCUUUUGUCCCUCAACUGUGCCCAAAAUAAUGUGAAAUUGUGAUGUAGUGUUAGCAAAAGCCGAAUUUUAUCAAAUUAUAUUGUGGAAAAUGACGGAGAAAUUGCCAAAAUCAGGGCGAGUGAAUGCAAUGUGCAAAGAGUGGAUUGUUCGUGAAGACGGAGCUUUAGCAUAUCAACUCCAAUCACAGGAGAUUAGUGAGCACUAUCGUGGGAAUCGCUUCCGCAACGCCCUAGUUCGUCAGGACUAUCCUACGGCUUUGCAUGAGCAGAUAAAAGAAAAGGAAUAUGCUGAAAGGCAGGCAGCUCUAUAUCAUCAAAUGAUCAAUGAGCAGGAAGAAGCUGAUGCAAAAUUGGCAUAUGAUUUAGCGAUAAAGGUUGAUAAUAAGGAGGAUGAUCGUGGACAGAGACGCUUAAGAAAUAAAGAGCAACUUCCUAUUCAGAAUGAAUUGCCAAUUCCACCACGGAAUGCAAAUACUCAGCGACCAAAUAUUAUUCAACACACUCCUCCAAUUGAACAUACAAAUGAUAAAGAUACUCAAUUGAAUUAUGUUCAAUUGGACCUCCCACAGGCAUCAACUUCGGGACAAAAUUCAACUUAUGACACAGUUUACAAUGCUCGGUCCAGGUAUGAGGACAAUGGUGACAAUAAUUUUCUUCAGGCACACAGUGUGCUUCCAUUGGAUGAUUGUCCGAUAAAUCUGCAAUCUCAUACGCCAGAGAAGAUUUUGGCGCCACUUUUGCCACGUCGUGAGGCUCUACAGGGACGUGAAAAUCGCUUUGCGGAAAAACCCGUAGAUGCCUUUGAGCAGAAUCUCAAUGAAAUUGGGAAUACAACAAAGUACAGCCACAAGCACUAUGGAUCCCUUCCUGAGGAUGAUGUUGCAGCCAAUUGCAACUUCCAUAAACUUUCACCGGCAAAAUUUGACUAUCUUAUGGGUAAUACGUCAUCCAGCUGCGCAGGAGCAUCAAAUGAUGCUCUCCUCGAUUCCCAUGAUGAUCCAAUUGAAACUCUACGGGACCUGGGAUUGCCACCUGAAGAAAUACAGGAAAUUGAUAGGCGAGCCCGCCAGGAGCGGAAGGAUGAAGAACUAGCACGACAACUUCAGGAGCAACUUACUUGUGAAAUGACUCAAGAGGAACGUGAUCGUAUCCUUGCUAUGGAAGCACAAGACAAGGAACUUGCACGGAUGUUGCAGGAUCGUGAGAGAGCAAAGGCAAAGAGGGCAAAAGAGCGUGCUCGACUAAAGAAGCAACAGCAACAGCAACAACUCGAGGAGGAUCCCAAGGUCCCGGGAAAGCCACUCUCCAUGGAAUCAGAUGGUGAUUCCUAUGCAAAUCCUGUUGAUUUUCUCGAGAACAAUCAACUCCCUCAAGCGUACACGCGGGAACGUAGGGAAUGCUAUGAGGAUACAAGAGGAACCUCUUCAGGGGGAUAUGAUCACUACGGGAGGAAUUCCUUCCUCAAUGAUGAAAACUAUUCGAAUCCUGUGGAUAUGCUCGUACAACCCAAUGGUACUGACCAAGUUAAGGUUUCCAUUAAUGUGAAAAAACAAACAGCCGGUGCAAAAAAACACGAUGAUCUUCAUGACUAUUCCAUGUCAGCAUCAUCAAGUACCAAUCAUCAAGGUCCAACAAGACCAAAUCAUCUGGAUAUUCGUGGCCCAAUAAAUCGUCCAGCAGCACCACGUGCUCAUUUGCCGGAGGGAAUUGAUAAUAUUGCUGCUAUGAUUGAUCCAACGUACCAUCAGAGCUCCAGUUCGACACCUGGAAGUGCUUUGACGCCUCCGGAGAUGCCUGAAUUUUCGGAUCAUAGCUCCAGCCCAGUGCCUCCAUACAUGCCAAUCCAAGGAUCGCGCCGUAGCACGUCUCUGGAAAAUAAAAAGAAGAAAUCAAAAGACAAGUGUGCUCAUCAAUAAUCUCACUCAAAACUCCAAUAAGUAUUUUAUAUUAUAUCAACUUCCUCAUCCCUUUUUGAAAAAUCUUUUCAAUAAUUUUUAUACACUUAAAAUAGCUAUUAAACACUCAUGAUGAUUUUUUGUUGCAUUUUGCGAUACUCCUUUUAAUGUAUCGACAUGUGACAAUUUUUUUUAGAUCUAUAUAUUGAAAUAAAUUAAUAAAAUAUUAUGCAAGAAA